UCUAAGAAAAAAUCAUAUCUAGAGGAGAGAAUAUAUAUAUCCAUGGCUUCAACUUCUGUUAUGUCAAGCCCAAAUAUGAACCAUGUCACAUUUCCAUGGGAUGCUUUAUCAAAGCCAUGUUCAUUUGGUCAAGUCACCUUGAAGAGAAAGAGCGAAACCUCUUCCUCGGUGGCCACUCGAUCUAUGGUUGCUUCCCUAACUGCACCGCCACCGGUAGUUGCAACUAAGGCUGUUGAAGAAACUGGUUGUACUUUGGCCGGUGUUUGGAGAGAGGUUCAGGGUUCGAACAACUGGGAAAAUCUAGUGCAACCCUUGGACCCUCUUCUCCGCCAUGAGAUCAUCCGGUACGGUGAGUUUGUCACCGCAUGUUACAAAGCUUUUGACCUUGAACCUGCCUCGAAACGAUACUUGAAUUGCAAGUAUGGUAAAAAGAACAUGUUGAGAGAGGUAGGGUUGGAGGAUUCGGGGUACGAGGUCACUAAAUACAUCUACGCUACCCCAGACUUCAACAUUCCGAUCCAAAAUGGCCCCUGUUGUGGCCGUUGGAUAGGAUAUGUUGCAGUUUCAUCCGACCAAGAAGUCCAAAGACUGGGAAGGAGAGAUGUACUUAUAACAUUCAGAGGAACGGUCACUUACCCUGAAUGGAUCUCCAACUUCAUGAGCUCAUUGACUCCAGCGCGGCUCGAUCCCCACAAUCCCCGUCCAGACGUGCAGGUGGAAUCGGGGUUUCUCAGCCUUUAUACUUCAGAUGAAAGUUCAAGCAAAUUUGGGCUCGGAAGCUGUCGCGAACAGCUCCUCUCUGAAAUCUCGCGGUUGAUAAAUAAGUACAAAGGUGAGGAAAUUAGUAUAACUUUAGCCGGGCAUAGCAUGGGGAGCUCGCUCGCUCUUCUUCUAGCUUACGAUAUUGGAGAGCUUGGACUAAACAAAGUGAAAAAAAUUUCGAAUCAUCAAGAAACAACAAUACCAGUUACAGUUUUCUCAUUUGCAGGGCCAAGAGUUGGGAACUCGGGUUUCAAAGGCCGGUGUGAAGAGCUGGGGAUAAAAGCCCUGAGGAUAGUGAAUGUUAAUGACCCCAUCACAAAGCUUCCUGGGGUUGUGUUUAAUGAGAAUUUUAGGGUUUUGGGUGAUGGGGAAUACAAGUUUCCAUGGAGUUACUCAUGUUAUGCUCAUGUGGGUGUUGAACUAGCCCUAGAUUUUUUCAAGAUGGAAGACCCAUCUUGUGUUCAUGACUUGGAAACCUAUAUCAGCUUGCUCAGAUGUCCUAAGGGCUUGCAAAUGAGGAGAGAAGGUGUAGAUUUCAUCAACAGAGCAAGAGAGGUAGUGAUGAAUCUGAGUGCUGAAUUUGGUUCAAUCUCAAAGGGCAUGUUCCUAGAUAACCUACAUAUAUGUGAACAGUUCUUCUACGUGUAUAGAAUUCUAUCACAGAUAUGUAUGUGAUCGUGUGCAUUUAGAACUAAGGGAAGAAUUGCUCAGCCUUAACUUGUACAUCUUUUUUUCAGUUAUUUGGUGGAGCAGUUUAACAACAGACAUGACUUUGCAUAACCUCUGAAAAAAGUCAUUUUAUUAGGUUAAUUCAUGCUGUAUGAUAUUACUGAGUUCUGUAAUUAA